CACGAAGGGAAGCAACUCGAAUAAAAAUCCUACAGUGGCAAAUUGAUAAAAAGCACUAAGUUUAUAGAGCCGCCGGAUUGCAUGAAUAGUAUCCAGUACACCAUAAGAUAGACAUCCUUGUAUUGCUUUAGAUAUUUAUCAUUUUGAUCGGAGGGAACUUCAUAUUCUCUUUGUGUGAGCAAACAUGAGUGGUGUAGAUGUUAAAGACAUCUUGGAGUUGGACAGAGGUCCUGAGAAGGAAUUUAUUACUAAAGGUGCUCUUAUGAACAGUGAUAAAAAGAAAAAGCCGGCAAGAAAAUCAGAUGUGACAUUUAAAAGGCCAGAGGGUAUGCACAGAGAGUUAUGGGGUUUACUGUGGACUGACAAUAGGUUCCCAUGUAACAAAGAUGCCCCUCCCCUGAUCCCAACAGACACAAAUCAGGGCUACAAACAAAUGAAGGCCAAGAUAGGGAGCAGCAGGGUCAGGCCCUGGAAGUGGAUGCCAUUUACAAACCCUGCCAGGAAGGAUGGGGCCAUCUUUCAUCAUUGGAGAAGAGUUGCUGACGAAGGGAAAGAUUAUCCCUUUGCCAGAUUUAAUAAGCAACCAGAAGUUCCCGUAUACUCUGAUUUAGAAUACCAACAGCAUCUCCAUGACGACAACUGGACUCGGCAGGAGACCGAUCACUUGUUUGAUUUGUGUAAAAGGUUCGCACUGAGGUUUGUGGUAAUGAACGACCGCUGGGACAGAGAGAAGUAUGCUGAUAGGAGUGUAGAAGAUCUGAAAGAAAGAUAUUACAAUAUAUGUAACAAACUAGUCAAGGUUCGAGCUCCUCAAGGUACAGAACCAAAGAUCCGAGCAUUUGAUGCUGACCAUGAGAGGAAAAGGAAAUCUCAACUUAUAAAGCUUUUCAACAGGACCACAGAACAGAUUGAAGAAGAAGAAAAGUUAAUUGAAGAGUUGAAGAAGAUAGAGUUAAGGAAGAAAGAGAGAGAAAAGAAAACACAAGAUCUGCAGAAGUUGAUAACUGCAGCUGACAGUAAUAUAGACAGCCGUAAAGCUGACAAGAAGAAAACGAACAAAAAAUUCCAGCAGCAACAAAAGAUUAAAGAUACCACAGCACAAACACCAGAAACAACAGGUAUCAAGUUCCCCGAUUUUAAGCAGCCUGGAGUAUAUGUUAGGAGUCAGAAGAUGAAAUUGCCAGCAUCAUUAGGUCAGAAGAAAACAAAAGCCAUUGAACAAGUUUUGGAAGAGCUUGGAAUAGAAUACAACCCAAUGCCUACGGAUGAUAUCACUACACAUUUCAACGAGCUACGCCAGGAUAUUGUAUUGUUAUAUGAACUCAAACUUGCCCUUGCUACAUGCGACUAUGAGCUAGAAACCUUGAAACAUCAGUAUGAAACUAUCAAUCCUGGAAAGACCCCAGAUGUACCUCUACCAGAGAAUCCAGAUCCCCUGUUAGAGAUAGGACAGAGUGAAGAUGACCAAAGUAAAGAUGCCAUUGAUGUUGUAGGAAGUUUAACACCAAAUAGAAAAAGAAAAGCUGCACUAGAAUCCACGACUGCACAUUUAUUAAAGAAGAUGAAAAACAAAUUAUGAAAUGUGUACACAGACAAAAAAACUGAACAUCAUUAAAUGAUCUCUGAAAUCUGGCUUCAUUGAUUCCCCUGAACGGGAUAGCAGUGCAAUAAAAACCUUGAUAACCAUUCUCACAUGUUUGAUGAAAGGAUAAGAAGAAAGAGGUCAAAAUGUUUUAUUGUUGAAAUUAAUAUAUGUUAUAUGAAGCUUAGGAGAUUUUCUUUGGUUUAUUGUGAUUUUUGUAUCCUGCGUCACUUCAGCAGUACGUCUUGCUUUGGUUUGCUGAAUUCUUUCUUUGGAGCAAAUCAUGCAGCUGUCAUGUGACAGGUUUGUUGUUCUAUCCAUGUAGCUACAUGUGCUUGAAAUCAUGUAAGGAGGGGUCUCAGUAAUAUGCCUUCUGACACUGAUAAAACUGGAAAGUGGCUGACUGUAUGAAUUGAAUUGUGUUUUUGACUUAAAACCAAAAAAAUGAAACAGUCUUUGCAAAUCUCUUUAUUUUGGUGUUAUUAACAAUUGAAUGGUACAUCUUUGUGCAGAAGUCUCGGGACAGUAGUUGCUUUAUUAAGUGAAAUAGCAAUUUGUUUUGUUUAUUAACUAAGUGGUCUUGUUUUGUUUUAUUUCAUAUGUGUUAAAUAACAGAAGUGUAACAGUACCUGAAAAAGAACUUAUUACAAAUAAAAAACUAAGAAUACUGAUUAGCUACAUGGUCUCACAUUUCAAUAUGAAAUGUGUGUUUUAUGUUUAAAAAUAAGAGGAGUGAAAAAAAUUAAAUAUAUAAACUUAUGCAAAAUGUU